ACCAUGGCGGCCAAGACGGCAGGUGGGGGGCGCUGGGAGGUGGUGAAGAAGGGGCGGCGGGCUGGGGCCGGCGGCAGUGGUAAAGGCGGCGGAGGGGACCGCCGGGCGCUCGGGGAGGCGAACGGAGUAUGGAAGUACGACCUGACCCCUCCAAUCCAGACGACAAGCACCCUGUAUGAGCGGGGCUUUGAGAAAAUCAUGAAGCGGCAGAAUAAGGAGCAGGUUCCACCUCCUGCUGUGGAGCCUAAGAAACCGGGGAACAAGAAGCAGGCUAAGAAGGUGGCGACCCUCACCAACCAGAACCAGAAGCAGGGCCGCUUUCGCAGCCUGGAGGAGGCACUGAAAGCUCUGGACCUGGCAGAUCUGCAGAAGGAACUGGACAAGAGCCAGAGUGUGUUCUCUGGGAACCCAUCUGUGUGGUUGAAGGACCUGGCCAGCUAUCUCAACUACAAGCUCCAAGUACCUCCGAGUGAACCCACACUUAGCCAGCAUCCUCACGAUUAUCCCUACAGCCUGGUGAGCCGGGAGCUGCGUGGCAUCAUCCGAGGGCUACUGGCAAAGGCUGCAGGAUCCCUGGAGCUCUUUUUUGACCACUGUCUAUUCACCAUGCUACAAGAACUGGAUAAGACUCCAGGGGAGUCACUGCACGGUUACCGCAUCUGUAUCCAGGCCAUUCUGCAAGACAAGCCCAAGAUUGUCACCACGAACCUAGGCAAGUUCCUAGAACUGCUGAGGUCCCACCAGAGCCGACCAGCCAAGUGUCUGACCAUCAUGUGGGCCCUGGGUCAAGCGGGUUUUACCAACCUCACCGAGGGACUGAGAGUGUGGCUGGGGAUUAUGCUGCCUGUGCUGGGCAUCAAGUCUCUGUCUCCCUUCGCCAUUGCAUACCUGGAUCGGCUGCUCCUGAUGCACCCCAACCUCACCAAGGGCUUUGGCAUGAUUGGCCCCAAGGACCUCUUCCCACUUCUGGACUUUGCCUAUAUGCCCAACAACUCCUUGACUCCCAGCCUGCAGGAGCAGCUAUGUCAGCUAUACCCACGACUGAAGGUGCUGGCAUUUGGGGCAAAGCCGGAAUCCACGCUACAUACCUACUUCCCCUCCUUCUUGUCCAGAGCCACCCCUGGCUGCCCUCCAGAGAUGAAGAAAGAGCUCCUGAGAAGCCUGACCGAGUGCCUGAUGGUGGACCCCCUCAGCACCAGCGUAUGGCGGCAGCUCUAUCCCAAGCACCUGUCACAGUCCAGCCUGCUGUUGGAGCACCUGCUCAGGUCCUGGGAGCGGAUUCCCAAGAAGACGCAGAAGUCUUUGCAAGAAACUAUUCAGUCCUUCAAGCUUACCAACCAGGAUCUACUGAGAAAGGGCAGCGGCAGCAAUCAGGAUGUCGUCACCUGCGACUCGGCCUGCAAGAGUCUGUUGCAGCAGGCUCGGGGCUUCCAGCUGCCCUGGACACGGCUACUCCUGUUGGUGCUGGUCUUUGCCAUAGGUUUCCUAUGCCAUGACUUCCGGUCACACAGCUCUUUCCAGGCCUCCCUUUCUGGCCGGCUGCUUCAGUCAUCUGGUGUCUUGCCUGCUGGCCAACAAGCAUGCACCAAGAUCUACUCCUACAGCCUUCAGGGCUACAGCUGGCUGGAGAAGACAUUGCCAGCCUGGGGCUCCCACCUGCUGACUGUGGUGAGGCCUGGCUUGCAGCUGGCCUGGGCCCACACCAAUGCCACCGUCAGCUUCCUUUCUGCCCACUGUGCCUCACACCUUGCCUGGUUCAGUGACAGCCUCGCCAACCUCUUCCAGAGGGUACAGACCCAGCUCCCUGACACCCUGAACCAGCUGGUCCGUUCUCUGAGGGAGCUGCUCCUGUUUCUUUACCACAGCAUCCUGCUGCCCACAUGGCACAUGCUGCUUGAGGCCCUGGCCCAGAUCCAGGAGCAUUGCCAUGAGGCAUGCAGAGGCGAGGUGACUUGGGACUGCAUGAAGACACAGCUCAGUGAGGCUGCCCACUGGACCUGGCUCAGACUACAGGACACCACAGUGGCUUUCUUGGACUGGGCACUUGCCAUGAUAUCCCAGCAGUAGGCCCUGCCUCCCUGGCCGCUGGGCUCUGUCUGGAGCAGACCACUGGAGACUGUUGGGGCAGAGAGUGGCAGUUCUGCAGCGGAGUCUUUGUUACUUGGUGCCUAAGUUCUGUCUCCUCAGCAGGUGGUAGGCUGCCUCUGCCUCGGUUCUUCCGAUUUGGUGGCAAUGAGCCCAGAGGUAUCUCAGCCUCCAACCCAUGACUCCACUGACCACUGCUCUGCCCGACUGCACAUGGCUCCCAGCCUCUGUCCUUGGGCCUGGUAGCCUCUCUUGUCUCUGCUCUCCACUUCCUUCUCUCUCAUUCUUGAAGCCUCAAACAGCUCAUCUUGAAAAGGUGGACUUCAGCAAGUGGCUUCUGCAUUCUGACAAAUGAUUCCUGCUCCCAGACCUUAACCAUGGCAGAAAAAAAAAGGGACUUCUAGAAGAAUCUAGAAGAAUGUAGCACCACAGUGAGUGGUAGCAGCUUUGUCUCUACCGACAGUCUGGAUGUGGCUGUCCGUGGACAUGGAGGCCUGGGUGGAGAGGCCUCUCACCUCAAAAUGUUCAAGUUAGGUCCUUCAAGGCGCCUAUUGUCCCUGCCAUCAUGGUCCUGCAUCCUUGCUCUCUGUCCCCUUUCAGUGCUGGGGAGGUCUCAACCUCCGUGUUCAGCCCUUCUCUGCUGCCCACCCCUGCCAUCUGUCUGGAGAACAGAGCCCAGGUCGUCAUGUUCCUCAGGCCCAGGAAACCAUCCAGCAACCUGUUGAGACAGGACACAGCAUGUGGCUUGUGGAUGUGCCCACUUGGUGGAAUAAAGGACACAGAUUUGAUUUCUGG